AUGUCAAAACGUCCUGCCUCCGACAAUGAGGGCGCUCUCAUGAAGCGUGCUCGGUCGUCUGAACCCGAAAAUAUGCAGCAAGUCGCCAUCUCGACUUCAAAUGACCCGAGGCAACAAGCGCUCGUCCGCUCCGUUAAGCGCACGAGUGCCCUUGAGGCGCCUAUCGUCAGCUUGGCUGGUGCGCAUGCUGGCGAGAUUCUCAGCUGCAGAUUCGAUCCUACCGGCCAAAAUAUUGCUGCAUGUUCCGCUGACCGCGGGAUUUCUCUAUGGAGGACAUACCCGCCGAACACAAACUAUGGCCUGCUUACAACGGUGCACAAAGCCCCAGUACUGGAUCUGCGCUGGUCAUUAUCCUCGCCACUGCUUUAUACCGUUUCCGCGGACCAUACACUCGCGUACACAGACUUGACGACCGGCGAGCGAGUUCGUCGCCUUCGCGCUCACCGAGAGAUUAUCAACGCAGUCGACACAACCCUUGCGAGUGGUGCUGGUGUUGAACUGGUGGCAACUGCAUCCGAUGAUAGCACAGUACGCAUCUGGGAAGGAGGGGAUGAGGGGAGCAAAGAGCCUAUCGCAGUUCUCGAGGUUGGAUGCCCCGUGACGAGCGUGGCCUGGAGUGCCGACGGUGCCACUGUCUACGCCGGUGCAUUGGACAACGACAUUCACGCCUUCGACUUGCGCAAAAAGGAACGUGUCGGCGUCUUGACUGGGCACACAGAUACAGUGUGCUCGCUUGCUUUGUCGCCCAACGGAGAUUUCCUCCUCUCUUCGUCCUUCGCUUCACAGGCGAUCAUUCACGACAUUCGACCCUUUUCUGCAGCACCUAACCGUAUGCAUCGUGUGCUUGGUGGUGCGCCCGCAGGGUUCGAACAGACACUAUUGCGAGGCGCUUGGUCGCGAGAGGAUGGUGGCCGCCGUGUCGCAUUGGGCGGCGCGGACCGUACGGUCACUAUUUGGGACGUUGAAAGCGGCAAAAUCUCGUACAAGCUUCCCGGUCACAAGGGCACGGUUACAUCCGUCGACUUCCACCAGCAAGAGCCUAUAAUUCUCACGGGAAGCAAGGAUGGUACGAUGCUCCUUGGUGAAAUUGAACCAAGUAAUGUAUAG